UGGUGAAAUAUAUAUUUAUAAAAUUCUUAGAAAAUAAAAAAGUUUUAUACAAAUAUCUUAAAAGAUUUAUAAUAAAAUCUAAAUUGACUAAUGAAAUGCAUCCACCUCAAUAAUGGGUGCACAUGUAGAUGCACAUAUGUCAUUCAAUUUCUCAACGAACCCCCCAAAAAAAAAAAAAAUUGCAGGAGUGCAGCCGACGACGUUCAAGAUAGUGAACAAGUGCCGGCAUACAGUAUGGCCCGGAGUUUUGACCGGAGCUAACCGGCCAAUCCUUUACCCGACGGGAUUCAAGCUCAAGAGUGGCCAAUCCAAGACUCUUUCUGUGCCCGCCUCUUGGUCGGGUCGGGUAUGGGGCCGGACAUACUGCUCCAGGGAUUCCGCCGGAAAAUUCACAUGUGCCACCGGCGACUGCGGAUCCGGGAAGAUAGCCUGCGCGGGAGGCGGGGCUAUACCCCCAGCCACCUUGGCGGAGUUCACCCUCAACGGCGACCAGGGGCUGGACUUCUACGACGUCAGCCUCGUGGACGGGUACAACCUGCCGAUGCUGAUUGUGGCGAAGGGCGGCAAGAGCGGGGGCUGCGCCGCCACCGGUUGCUUGGUGGACUUGAAUCGGGCCUGCCCGGCGGCCCUGAGGGUGGCGCGUGGGAAAGGGAGGGGCAGUGAGUGCGUGGCUUGCAAAAGCGCGUGCUUGGCAUUCAACGACCCUGUAUACUGCUGCAGUGAAGCCUACGCGACGCCGGACACUUGUCACCCGUCCGCCUACUCCCUCUACUUCAAGCACGCCUGCCCCCGAUCUUACAGUUAUGCCUACGAUGACAAGACUAGCACCUUCACCUGCUCCGGCGCUGAUUACUUGAUCAUGUUCUGUCCGCCCCCUUAUACCAGCCUGAAAGUUCUCACGGCGCAGAGGCAGGCUGCGGACUUGCCACUAGUCAACAAAACUAUGUUGUACCUCGGAAGGCAUCAUGGGAGUGGUAUGCCUUAAUUAAUGGCGCGGCUCGCUUGUUUCGUGCAGCAUUUCACAUUCAAUUGUGUGCCUAACCUUGGGUUGGUCCUUCAGGUUGAUGUUUAGAACAGCAGGCGUAGGCAACAUUUGCGCAGACCAAUUUUGGUUUGGUGUUUAGGUCUAUGAUUUGGUUUGUUAGUUAUAUUGUAGACCACUAAAUUACUCACUACUGU